AUGUUGUGGCCACAACAUCAAGAUCUUUGCUUCAGCGAAACACGGCAAGAGAAGCUGGAUGAAGAACUUCCUAAUCCAGUGACAGCAUACGAAGCGUGCAAAGCGUGGACAAAUUUUCAAGAAAAUGUAUGGAUAGGGUGUAUUACAGAAGUGAAGUAUCUGUACACGGUCAGUGUGAGCUGUGGUGCUGUAAAUCUAUUGGCCGAUGUAAAAAAGGCCCAAUAUCAGCCAAUUAGUCGAUAA